ACCAUAAUGCAUUGCGCAUAAAUGGCCGCCAUGUUGCUGCCGUCUGAAAGAUGUUCACAUCUGUGUGUGUUUACUAAUGAAUUUUAAGAACUUUAAUAGUUAAAUUACCGUGUUCGUGAAAUUGUAGUCAUUCAAGUCGGACGGCAUAAUGGCUGACAAUCUGAUUCAAAAGUCACAUAAAACUAGUGAAAAAAACAAGUAUAACAACGUUGUUCAUCGUACUACAAGUGAAUCUCUUCGGCUGAACGAGUCAGAGAAGGGAGUGACUCACCCGACAAGUCUUCAAUCCGCUCAUAACCCAAGGAAAAUAUCUUCCUUUCAGAUCACCAGUGUGACUGUUGGCUCUCGGGUGAGCACUGAUGCAGGAGAGGACUCCGCCGACGAUCUAGACGAAUCUCACACCGACGACAUUUCCAGGGUGACCGACAUAGAGAAUGAAACACCGAGUUACUCCGAGGACACAUUCUCGAAAGACGAUGUGUUUUACAACGCAUCGAGUGCAUCGCUAGGUUGUGCGCCAGUUAUUCCUACGAGUUCGCAGUACGGUCUGGCGAUUGUCGGCCAGGACAACAACACUUCCCCGCCUGGAGGAGCAGUGCCAAAUAGUAAUAACACAGAAGUUAAUGACAUGCACGUCAGUGUAACGAACGCCGGAACCGGCAGCAUUAUCAAUCUAAUAGGUAAUGCUGCUAAGCCGCAAGAAGGUAUGAAAGAAAUUCAGGAACAUGUUAGGAAUGAAAGAUUUAAAGUAGUUAAAAUAGAAAGUACGGAACCAUUCCGUCGUGGCAGGUGGAUGUGCAUGGAUUAUCUAGAUCAUACUACAACUCAACAAAAUACUCCAAUCACCUUAAAUAAUAACAUAGAUGUAACAGAGACAGGGACGUUGCAAGCUCCAGAUAGUGGUGUUGUGAUUAAUGAUAGCCAACAUGAUGAAAUGUGCAAUGAUCUGACAAGUAAAGGGCCUAAGGAACAAGUGAGUGUACCAGUGCAGCAAAUAGACCAGAGUGUUCAGAAACAAUUUCCUAUGGCUUCCCCUGGUCAAUCAUUGACACAACCAAUUAAUAUAGUUCAACAGCAAAUGCCUGUAAAUCAAUCAGUAUCUGUGCAAUCCCCGCCAAUGGAGAUGCCACAACAAAUGACAAAUCAGAACAUGCAAACUAACCAGCAAGUUGGGCAGCAGCAUCCCCAGAGUAUGACGCAUAUCACCAUGCAGAAUACGCAGGGUCAUCCUCAACCCCAACAACAGCAACAAGUGCAGCAAAUUCCACAGAGCUUCCCGCAACACCAAUUGCAACAAGUUAUUGCACAGUCUCAGACUAUGGCUAUGCAACAGAUACCCAUGCACCAACAAAUGCCACAGCAAAUGCAGCAAAUUCCUAACCAACAAAUGCAGCAAAUUAGCCAACAUAUUCCACAAGCACAGAUUCCUAAUAUGCAAAUUCAACAGCAAAUACCACAGAUGCAAGGUAUUCCAAACCAGGGGCAAAUGCCUCAAGUUACUGCCCAACAGCCACAAAUGCAACAAAUUCAAAUGCAACCAAUGCAAGGUCAACCAAAUCCACAGCAAAUACAUCAGAUGCAACAGGCCCAGAUUCCUAACAUGGGACAGAGUCACCAUUUGCAAGGACAGCAGCCCAUGGGCCCGCCGCAAGCUCAAUUGCAACAUUUGUCUAGUCAGGCCCAAAUUCAGGCAUUACAAAAUCAACAAAUACCAAAUCACAUUCAGCAAAUGCAAAUUCCUGCUCAACUUGCGGCUCCUAACCAACAGAUUUCUCAAAUGCAGCAACAAAUGCAUCAAAUAUCUACUCAGCCGCAGCAAUCUGUUGUCACUGGAAUGCAUCCACAAAUGCAGCAGCAAGGAAUGACCGUGCCGCAGCCGCAGUAUAAUCAAGCAGUUAAUCAACAAGCUAAUCAAUCAAUGAUAAAUGCUACUAUGCCAUCAUCACAACAAACUAUGGUACAGCCUCAACACAAUGUUCCUCAAUAUCACACUCAACAAUCUCAAAUGAGUCAACAGGGGCAGACGUUGCCCCAGGAGGUGCUGACAAAUAUUGUUACAUCACAGCAAGGUGCCACUUUACCUUCUAAUCUUCAACCAAUGGUCACCCAGCCACAGGGAUCGACUUUACCGGCGAAUCUCCAAAGCUUAGCUAACCAGCAGCAAGCUCCGGUGCAUACGAUGGCUCCACAACAAGGAAAUGUUCCACAAGGAAAUAUUCAAUUGAUGACCGGCGCACCGCAAAACAUACAGAUGACCCUUGAUGGAAAUCAACCGAGCAUGCAGAUGCCCGCUUCUGAUCCUAUUUACAUGCAACAAGCUGGUGUCGGGCAACAGUUGCCAACACAUAUGACCCAGCCGCAAAAUAUUUUGCAACAACAAGUGCCCGGGCAGGGGCAGAUGGGAGGCGUACAAUAUGUUCCUAACCAGCCAGUGCCACAGGUGUCUAUGGCGCACCAGAACAUUCCGAUGUCGAUGCAGCAGAGCAUGCCGGUCGGAAUGGGCGGCGGAGUGCACGCCAACGUGGUGCAGUCGCAGACGAACAUGGGUCUGACGUACGGAGGAGUGGUUCCGGUGAUAUCGCAAAGUAGCGUGGCGCCCGUGGAGUCGACGGUGUCGGGCACCAACUCGCCGGUCGUGUCGAUGCCGGUCAGCUCGACCGCGUACGUCCCGAGCGCGGCGCAGCCCGGCCACGACAGCCAGGGCUUCGGGAGCCCCGUGAGUGCGGUAGUGUCGCACGCGAUCAGUAGCGCAGUGAUGAGCAAUGUGAAUGUGAAUGCGUGUGAUAGUGGUGCUCCGGAUGUGACCUCGGAUGGCAUGCAGGCUGGCGACAUCGGCGACGGCAAGGAGGACGCCCACCCACCUCCAGCACCAGAGGAUGAAAGCAUCAGCGGGCUGGCGUUGGCGCUCGGCGGCAGCGGCACGGGCAGCCCGGCCACGGUGGUCGAGGCCCGGGACUCCACGGCGACGUCACGUGCCGCGUCCCCACCGCCCUCUGAAAGGCAGCAGCACACCAGCGCAUCUGGCACAAGCGCCGUGGCGAUCGACAACAAGAUCGAGCAAGCUAUGGAUCUGGUUAAGAGCCACUUGAUGUUCGCGGUGCGCGAGGAGGUGGAGGUGCUGAAGGAGCGCAUCGCGGAGCUGAUGGAGAGGAUCAACCAGCUGGAGGUGGAGAACAGCUACCUGCGCGCGCACGCCAGCCAGGACACGCUGGCGGCGCUGCCGGCGGCGGGCAGCAAGGCGCCGCCGCAGCCGCAGGGCCCGCAGCCGCCCGUGUCGUAAGGCGCGGCGCGGCGCCGGCUCGCCCGGCUCGGCUCGUUCGGCCUCCCCCUCGCGCCCGCCCCGGGGAGUCACUAUGGCUGUGCUAUGUUAAUUCGUAGGUUAACGGGACGCAGCGCCGAGGGAAGGAGCGGGCCCCGCGCCCGACCGUCGCGCGCCCUGCUCGCGAGGCGCGCUGACGAGGCGCCGCCCGCGAGGCGCGCCGACCACACGAAUAUUAUGCUUGAAUUCAAUUCAUAGAUAUAUUUUUCUGUUAUUUAAUCUUUAGGGUGCAGAAUUUCGUGCUAACUGCCAUGCUUUUGCUGCGCGUCUCGCCUGAGACUUUUUAGUGUUGCGACGUUGUCCGUGACGUUCGUUUUAGAUACCGCUCUAUCCAUAUAACGUAUUCCAUGUAAGAGUAAAAUAAGACGUGUGUUAAAUGAUAAUAUCUUCUUAUUGCAUAGUCGGAUAUAGCCACGCAUUGAACGAUUGACUGUUAAUUUAUUUACAAUUUUUUUGUAUGUAUUUAAUUUUAAGUUAUUUAUCGUGUUACAUUUAAAUCGCAAGUUUGUGUACAAUGAUCUGUCGACAUAGGAAACUGAUCGUGUCGUGUGUAUCGUUUAGUUGUAUUUAAAUUAAUGAUGCAGUUAAUAUAAAAUAGUGUUCGGAUAAAUAAUAAUCAUCAACGAUUGAUGUGUAGCGUUAUACUAAAGAGUCUAUAGAUAGUAGUCGUCGCGAGAGUGUGGCCUCGUGCAAACGCUGGCUAUAGUAAAUUUUGCACGCUGAAACUGAAAAAAAAAAUCUAUUUUUAUUCCAACCCUAUAUAUCGAUAAUAGAAGUUAUACAUAGCGAUUUAACAUUGUAUUUUUUUAAAUAUUAUAAAUUGUUUGUAUAUAGUACAAGUUGUAAUAGAAUUGUGAGACGGAACGGUGUAUAUAAAAUGUUGGUACGUCCGAUGCCAUCGUGGAAUGGCUCUAAAAUGGAUAAUUUAAGUGCGCUGUAAUAAAUAUUCGCUUUACUGUUUAUCGUAAACAAAAGAACAAAAUGGCUGGAGACAGAUUGAAUGGAAUGAUUGUAAAUGUAAUUAAAUUGGUAUGUGCAAGGUAUGCGAGAUUGGUUCGAGAAAGAGUCACAGCGAAAUGUGAAGUAGUGUAGUAUUUUGUACAAGACUACUGCGUAUAUGUAUAGAUGAUGUUCUAUUUAGUCCUCUUAAUUAUUGUGAAUAUGCCGUAUUUUACUUCAUUGCUAGUUAUGAUAUAAUAUGAUUCUGAAAAUUGUAAAUAUAUUGUAAACAGAAUGUCCAUUGUAGCUUAUUGACCAGAAAGGUUCCUCGUACCCAAUAAAUGCAAAACUACUAAA